CUCCAGAGUCCUGGGGUCAACAUGGGCCGACUGGAGGGGAAGGUGAUCGUGCUGACGGCUGCCGCCCAGGGCAUCGGCCGGGCUGCUGCCUUGGCUUUUGCAAGAGAAGGCGCCAGAGUCAUAGCCACAGACAUCAAUGAGAGCAAACUCCAGGAGCUGGAGCAGUGCCCAGGUAUUCAGACUCGGGUCCUGGAUGUCACCAAGAAGAAACAAAUCGACCAGUUCGCCAGUGAGGUUGAGCGACUUGACGUUCUCUUUAACGUCGCGGGCUUCGUGCACCACGGAACCAUCCUGGACUGCGAGGAGAAGGACUGGGACUUCUCCAUGAACCUCAACGUCCGCAGCAUGUACCUGAUGAUCAAGGCCUUUCUUCCUAAAAUGCUUGCUCAGAAGUCUGGCAACAUUAUCAACAUGUCCUCUGUGGCCUCCAGCAUCAAAGGUGUGGUGAACAGAUGUGUGUACAGCGCCACCAAGGCCGCGGUGAUCGGCCUCACCAAGUCCGUGGCCGCCGACUUCAUCCAGCAGGGCAUCCGCUGCAACUGCGUGUGUCCAGGAACGGUCGAUACCCCAUCCCUGCAAGAGAGAAUCCAAGCCAGGCCCAAUCCUGAGGAGGCCCUGAGCGACUUCCUGAAGAGACAGAAGACUGGGAGGUUCGCAACUGCAGAAGAAGUAGCCCUACUGUGCGUGUACCUGGCGUCGGACGAGUCCGCCUACGUGACGGGCAACCCUGUGGUCAUUGACGGAGGCUGGAGCUUGUGAGGCCAGGGGAGCUGUGAGGCCCGGCGGCCCCUCCCGUGGACCCGGUGGUGAAGAGAACCCCCCAGCACAUCACUCCUGUUAGUGGUCUUGUCCUCGAGUCUGAUGCCUUCACACCACAUCUGUCUAAUCGCUUCUGAAAUCACUGUGGCAGAGGACGUAACAGAUGAUCAACCCACUCUAAUCACUAAUUUUAAAAAUAAGCCUUAGUGUGUAAAGAUAUAACAUUAAAAUGUGAACA